AUGUACUCGUCCCUACUCCAGCUGGUGGCCUUCACCACCACGGCCACCUUGCCGGCCUUGACCCUGGCCAAGUCGUGCGCCCGCCCGCCGCGCCUGGGCGCCGUCGCCUCCGAGACGACCAUCUGCUCCAAUGUGGGCAUCGACAUCCUGCACAAGCACCACGGCAACGCCGUCGACGCUGCCGUCGCCACCGUCCUCUGCAAUGGCGUCGUCGCCAUGUACCACUCCGGCCCCGGCGGCGGCUCCUUUGCACUGAUCCGCAGCAAAACAGGCGAGUACGAGUUCAUCGACUUCCGUGAAACGGCCCCCGCCGCGGCGUUCGAGGACAUGUACAAGGAGGACGAGAACUUGAGUCUGUACGGCGGUCUGGCGAGCGGCGUCCCCGGCGAGCUGCGCGGCCUCGAGUACAUGCACAACAAAUACGGCUCCCUGCCGUGGGCCGACCUCGUGGCGCCCUCGAUCAAGAUCGCGCGCGAAGGGUGGACCGUUAACGAGGACCUGGUCAAGUACAUGACGGGCGCCAGCUACCUCGUCACGGACCCGAACUGGGCCAUCGACUUUGCGCCCAACGGCACGCUGCUGCAGCUCGGCGACACCAUCACGCGCAAGCGCUACGCCGACUUCCUCGAGAGCAUUGCCCAGGGCGGCGCGCAGGCCUUUUACACGGGCGAGAACGCCGAGUACAUCAUCGCCGAGCUCACCAAGCAGGGCGGCACCAUGACCCUGGCGGACCUGGCCAACUACACGGUGGCGCCCCGGCCGACGCUCGACAUCUCGUACAAGGGCUACAAGGUGACGAGCUGCAGCGCCCCGUCUUCCGGCAGUGUCGUGCUCUCGUCGCUCAAGAUCACCGACGGGUACGCCGGGUUUGACGACCCGGCGCAGGUCAACAUCUCGGCGCACCGGCUCGUCGAGAGCCUCAAGUGGGCGUACGGCCAGCGCGCCGAGCUCGGCGACCCGAGCUUCGUCCCCGGGCUGGACAAGUACCAGGCGUCGAUGAUCUCGGACGCGGCGGCGGCCGAGAUCCGGUCGCGCAUCUCGGACGUGCGCACGUUCAACACGUCCUACUACAACCCCAAGGGCCUCGAGAGCCUCGAGACGCCCGGCACGGCGCACUUUGCGACGGCCGACGCGAGCGGGAUGGCGGUGAGCAUGACCUCGACGGUGAACCUGAUCUUUGGGUCGCGCGUCAUGAUCCCCGAGCUGGGGCUCGUCAUGAACGACCAGAUGAACGACUUUUCGAUCCCGGGCAAGACCAACGCGUUCGGGUACCUGCCCAGCCCGGCCAACUUUGUGCGCCCGGGCAAGCGGCCGCUGAGCUCCAUGUCGCCGUCGAUUGUCGAGACGCCCGAGGGGAAGCUGUACUUUGUCAUUGGCGCCGCGGGCGGGAGCCGCAUCAUCACGGCCAACAUCCAGAACAUCCACAACGUGCUGGACCUGGGCAUGACGUCGGCGGCGGCGCUGCGGCGGCCGCGGCUGCACCACCAGCUGAGCCCGGAGGUGAUCCAGUUCGAGUACACGUUUGACAACGGCACCGUGGCAUUCCUCAAGGGCGUCGGGCACAAUGUCACCUGGGUGGCGCCGGGGGCCAGCGCGGCCGAGGGCGUGAGGUUGCUGCCGAACGGGACCUUUGAGGCGGCUGGCGAGCCGCGGCUCAAGAACUCUGGCGGGUUUGCCAUCUGA